AUGUCAAACUACGGAGAAGGGUACUAUGGCCAGCAAGGCCAAGGUUACUAUCCGCCUCACCAAAAUAGCUCUCUACCACAGCAACAGUACUACAACCCCGCACCGCAGCAGUAUGGCGAACCGUAUGGUGGACACGUUGCGCCUCACCAAAAUCAUUCAGCCUCCUUGCCUCCAUAUGGCCAACAAUACCCACAAACUUAUCAACCUGGAGGCCCCCAUGAAGACCCACCACAACCGCCCAACCAAGAUCGUAUGUACUCGCCUUACGCCCCCAACCAAGGAUAUCAAAGCGGCGCGAACGCGUCAUAUUACGGGACUGGUGGAUCAUCUCAGAGUCAAACCGGCUAUGCAGCUGGCCCUGGAGGUCCAGAAGGGGAGAAAGGACUUGGAUCAACGAUAAUUGGAGGUGCUGCUGGAGGCUUCGCGGGUCAUAAACUUGGUGGUGGUUUCCUUGGAACUGCGGGUGGCGCGGUCUUGGGUGCAGUGGGAAUGAACAUGGUGACCCAUGAGAUGUGA